AUGCGCCACGUGGAUCCUGGCGGUCGCGUCUUUGCAAUGCGAGUUCUGACCAGAGAGAAAUGCAAGCCGUGCACCAUUCCAGGAUUCUUGCUUAAGGAGAUGUCUCAGAUCCCGUCUAAAUAUGAUGUGGAUAAUGCGACUGAGCAGCAACUUCUUCAACGCAGGGUGCUUGUGGAUAACAGUCCAGUGUCUUGCGUUCUGCAUCCUCACGGAUCUGUUUUGGUCCGUGACUGGUUGGGUGAGGGUACGGAUGAUGAUGAGCUGCCGCGCGUGCAGCGCUUGUUGGAGGCUGUCCUUGAAGAUGACGGCGAGAGCGAGGCCGACUAUGCCGCCCGUUUGGUCCAGCACCUACAACAUGAUGUAACAUGCCCAAUGCAAACACAUGUGAAUGUUGAAAUGGUCACUGUGUCACGGGCAUGUGUUCUGACCUUGCGUCCUUACUUCGGAGUUGUACACACAUGGUAUGCACCGAUGAGUCAACAUGUGAAUCAAACAAACAACUCCUGUAAGGCCAGCGCUUGGAACCUUUAUAGACAAGUAUCUAUAUCAAGGGCCCAUGAUCAGCUCAGAACCUCAGGAAAACGUCGAGUCAGGCUUCCCGAGUCUCAAGUCGGAAGUAUGUAA